GGAUCGGGUGAUCAAGCUCAGCAUGCUCAGUGAGCGGGUUGAUUUCAUGUCAUCGUAACCGACGGUGUGGAUGUUUUGCUCAUAUCAUAAGACGGGAUUAUUUACAGGCUGCCAUCAUCUUGCUGGAAUGUCACAUUCCUUGUUUACUCUUAAGCAAGUGCUUAGCAGGAUGAAGAUUGCUGUGAUUGGUCAGUCCCUGUUCGGGGCGGAGGUCUUUAGACUGCUACAGAAAGAUGGACACCAUGUGGUUGGUGUCUUCACCGUCCCAGACGUCAAUGGGAAGCCAGACCCUCUCGCCUUGGCGGCAGAGAAGGACGGGAUCCCUGUGUUCAAGUACAAGCGAUGGCAGUUAAAGAAGAAGGCCAUCCCGGAGGUUCUGGAAGAGUACAAGUCGGUGGGCGCGGAGCUCAACGUUCUGCCGUUCUGUUCACAGUUUAUCCCCAUGGACGUCAUCACGUUCCCCAAGAACCAGUCCAUCAUCUACCAUCCCUCCAUCCUCCCACUGCAUCGUGGAGCUUCGGCCAUCAACUGGACCCUGAUGUCGGGUGACAAGCGGGCUGGAUUCACCGUCUUCUGGGCAGACGAUGGCCUUGACACUGGACCCAUCCUGCUGCAGAAACGUACAUACGUGGAGGAGAACGACACCAUUGACUCCAUCUACAACCGCUUUCUCUUCCCAGAGGGGGUCAAGGCCAUGGGUGAGGCUGUUCGGAUGAUCGAUAAUGGGAAGGCCCCGAAGAUAACGCAGCCAGAAGAGGGCGCCACCUACGACCCUCUCAUCAAGAAAGACAAAGUGCAGGUAAACAUGGACCAGUCAGCUGAAGCUAUACACAACUACGUCCGUGGUAACGACAAGGUCCCCGGUGCCUGGACGACCAUCAAUGGCGAGCGAGUGACCCUGUACGGAUCCCGCCUGUGGAAGAAGAUUGAGCCAAGGGGGACAACUGUUGACAUACCCGGUGCCAGCAAGCCAGCCAUUGUCCACAAGAAGGGAAUGGUUUUCUUCGGAAAUGAUGGCAAAAUGGUAAAUGUGAGCCAAGUACAACUGGAGAGUGGCAAAAUGAUCCCCGCCUCCAAGUUCGGCAAGGAUGACAAGUCUACAGAAAAGUUGGAGCUCACCCAGGAAGAGAUAAACAUGGUCACAGCCCUGAAGGGUGUGUGGAAUGGUAUCCUAAACAUUGACAUUGAGGACCAAACAGAUUUCUUCAAGUCUGGAGCCGGCUCCAUGGAUGUAGUCAGGCUAGUGGAGGAGGUUCGGGAGCAGUGUAAUGACAUCCGGCUCCUGCCUGAGGACGUCUACAUGAACACUGUGUUCGAUGACUUCACCACCUGCGUCAUCAAGCGAGGACGAGGCAUUGAGGACAAGGAACCCUUCACCUUUGAUGCAGUGGAGAAACACAUCAACAACAUGGAUAUAUGCAUGCCGCACCAGGUGUUCAUAGACAAUGAGUUCCUCAACUCUUCUGAUGGCCAGACCUACAAAUCCAUCAACCCAGCUGAUGAGUCUGUGAUAUGUGAUGUGUCGCUGUCUACCAAGGAAGAUGUCAACAGAGCAGUGGAGGCGGCAAAGGAAGCAUUUGAGGAGGGACCAUGGGGCAGGAUGAAUGCUCGGGAUCGCGGGACUCUCAUGUACCGACUGGCGGACUUGAUGGAACAGCAUGAGGAAGAGCUGGCCACUAUCGAGAGUAUUGACUCGGGGGCUGUGUACACGCUGGCGCUGAAGACCCACGUGGGCAUGUCCAUUCAGACAUUCCGGUACUUCGCUGGAUGGUGUGACAAGAUUCAGGGCCUCACGAUCCCAAUCAACCACGCCCGACCCAGCAAGAAUCUCACCUACACCAAGAGGGAGCCCAUUGGUGUGUGUGGCAUUGUGGUGCCGUGGAACUACCCCCUGAUGAUGCUGGCAUGGAAGAUGGCUGCCUGUCUAGCUGCAGGGAACACAGUGGUGCUGAAACCUGCCCAGGUGACACCUCUGACAGCGCUGAAGUUUGCGGAGCUGGUGGUAAAGGCGGGGUUCCCUCCUGGAGUCAUCAACAUCAUCCCUGGUGCAGGUUCCAAGGUGGGGCAGGCCUUGUCAGACCAUCCCGAUGUCAGGAAGCUUGGCUUCACAGGAUCCACACCCAUCGGCAAGACCAUCAUGGCCAGUUGUGCCAAUGCGAACCUCAAGAAGGUGUCCCUGGAGCUGGGAGGCAAGUCCCCCCUCAUCAUCUUCAGUGACUGUGACAUGGACAAGGCCGUCAGGAUGGGAUUGAGCUCCGUGUUCUUCAACAAGGGAGAGAACUGCAUUGCAGCUGGGCGGCUGUUUGUAGAGGAGUCCAUACACGACGAGUAUGUCCGCCGAGUGGUUGAAGAAAUCAAGAAGAUGAAGAUAGGUGACCCGCUGAACAGAUCUACCGACCACGGGCCUCAGAAUCACCGGGCUCAUUUCAACAAGCUGCUGGAGUACAUCGACCAUGGUGUGAAGGAAGGAGCCAAGCUGGUGUACGGAGGCAAGCAAGUAGACAGGCCAGGCCUGUUCCUGGAGCCGACAGUGUUCACGGGGGUCGAAGAUCACAUGUUCGUAGCUGAAGAAGAAUCAUUCGGCCCGAUUAUGAUCAUCUCCACCUUUCCUGAUGGGGACGUAGAAGGCGUGAUCCGGCGCGCCAAUGACACAGAGUAUGGCUUGGCUUCGGGCGUCUUUACCAGGGACAUUAACAAGGCUCUUCACGUCGCUGACAGCAUCCAGGCGGGCACUGUCUUUGUCAACACCUACAACAAGACUGAUGUUGCCGCUCCCUUUGGUGGAUUCAAGCAGUCUGGAUUUGGGAAAGAUUUGGGUCAGGAGGCUCUCAAUGAAUACCUCAAGACGAAGGCUGUGACAGUGGAGUACCACUAAGGCACCCUGGGAAUGAUUGAACCUCAUUGGAGUGCCUGACAGGGGUGGACGUGCAGUUAACACCCCAGCUAGUCCUGUGUACCCUGCUUCUACCAAAGACUCUAUCUGCCUCUCUGCUUUGCCUUGAAGGAACCAUCAUAGAGGAUAGCGUCCUUGGCUGCUUGGGGGAUAUGGGAUAAUCACAGUACUGUGAAUCAAGUUGCUUACUAUAUAAUGCAGUCAGUAAUUCAUAGGUACUUAUACUGCAGCAAGAUUUAUACCAUAAAGAUAAUCAAGAAAUAGUUUGAGGCCAUAUUUGUAGCCAUAGUGAAGAGUAUGUUUCAGUUUAAUGCCCUUUCAAAUCUAGGUCCGUAGUAGUUAGUGCAGUGUGUGUAAAUCAGACAUGGUUGUCGUGUAUUUUCUAGACUUUGGUUUAUAGAAAUAGAGGCUUGAUCUGUUUAAAAACUGAAUGUGAAUGUAAACUCCUACUGGUUUUUUGUUAUUGUUAACUGCAUUGUCUGUUUGUCAGGAUGUCGGGUAAGACGAAAACUAACAAUUCAAAUGAAGGUACCAAACAUGCUGCUCAAUCUCUCCUCAUCACGUAAUGUCAGGUAGAGUAGAAGGUAUGUGAUAUGUGAUUGAUGUAGCUGGCCUGUUUCAAGGUACAGGUCUGGGACCCACCAUCACUGAGUGACCUUAUUGCUCCGCUAGUCUCUUGUAUUUAAGUGUAUACCUUUCUAUAAGAACUAAGAUUAUUUGUUGAAUGUUGUGUCAUUGUACUGACUGAUUGUGUCAUUGUACUGACUGAUAAUGCCACAGUACUGACUAAUUGUGUCAUUGUACUGUGUCAUAGCACUGACUGAUUGUGUCAUUGUACUGACUGAUUGUGUCAUAGCACUGACUGAUUGUGUCAUUGUACUGACUGAUUGUGUCAUAGUACUGACUGAUUGUGUCAUUGUACUGAUUGUGCCAUAGUACUGACUGAUUGUGCCAUAGUACUGACUGAUUGUGUCAUAGUACUGACUGAUUGUGUCAUUGUACUGACUGAUUGUGUCAUUGCACUGACUGAUUGUGUCAUAGUGCUGACUGAUUGUGUCAUAGUGCUGACUGAUUGUGUCAUUGUACUGACUGAUUUUGUCAUUGUACUGACUGAUUGUGCCAUUGUACUGACUGAUUGUGUCAUUGUACUGAUUGUGCCAUAGUACUGACUGAUUGUGCCAUAGUACUGACUGAUUGUGUCAAAGUACUGACUGAUUGUGUCAUUGCACUGACAGAUUGUGUCAUUGUACUGACUGAUUAUGUCAUAGUACUGACUGAUUAUGUCAUAGUACUGACUGAUUGUGUUGUAGUACUGACUGAUUGUGUCAUAGUGCUGACAAUGCUGAUCUUAGAAAUAGUGCAAAUACCCUACAGUGAAUGCUCCAACAUGUAAAUAACUUCCUUUUAUUCCGACUACGUUGUAUGAAUGUCUGCUUGAAAGGGAGUACCUGUGCUGAAAACAAGAUCUCUUUGUUUUUUAUCAUGCUCAGGGCUACAUCAGCAUCAAACUCGAAACAAUCAUUAUAGUUUAUGUAUUCAUAUCACGACACCUGUCCUCUGGGUUCAGUGGUAUAACUAUGUUAUUAGGUUUCAAUAGUUUGCAUUUGUCUACUUACAAGGUUCGACUUAUUGAGUAGAAACUUUAUCUUAUACUUAAUAUUAAUUUUAAUACUAUGAUUUUGAGCAUUAUGUAUAUAAUACAUAGUGAUGUAAGGUGUUUGAAAUGAUGUGCUGGCUAUAAGCUUGUUAUGGAAGUUUACCUGUUAUCUUUGGAAGCUCCUGAGUGAGACAGUUAAUGGGCUUUCUUGACUCUGUUGUUAAUUGGAUGUACGAUAUCUUAAUAUUUUGAAUUAAUUUUAUUAUUGGCAGAAUUGAUGCAUCUGCUUAUGUUGUGUUGACUCAGUUCUCUGUCCUCCAUAUUAUUGUGUUUUAUCAUCCAAAACUUCCACUGGUCAUAUCGGUGAUAUGAAACUACAUCACAAUGUUCUGAAGACCAUUGUGAUGUCAUUGAUGACAAUGAUGUCACAAUCAAAUGACAUCAUUAAUCUCUCUGCCACUGAAGCUGGUUAGCUGUACUUUUACAUUCAAGAAACUGAUUUGUGUUGUUUACAAACUAAAAAAAAUUAAAAAAUGAUUUUGAUGAUAAAUAUAAUCUCAUCUGUGUGUCUUUUGAUAUCAAAUAUAUCAACUCUUUGGCAAGCCUUGAGAUUUUAACUUUUAUAGAGAGUCUUUGAUAGAAAAAUUCGUAGGAUUCUAUUUUGAGGCUUGGCCCAAAACGGGACGCUUACUGUGCUAUUGACGUUUUAUGUUUAUUUAUGAGAAAAGUGCUGCGUUUGUUAUUAUGACAAGUGCUUAUCCCAAAAUGGGAAAAGCUCAUCGUGCUAUUUGCGUUUUUAUGUCUUUUUAUGAUAAAAGUGCUAUGCAGGUUUUUCUGUCUGGUUUGCUGUUGUCUUUGUUUACUUUACUUUUGUUUUGGUCCUGCCAUAAAACCGCAUCAGAACAAACAUCAUGGUGUCAGUUGUAAAUCAUUGUACAUUUUAUUGAUUGAUUUUUAUUGUGACCUAAUGUAUAAAGUCCAGGGCCCACUUGCACAAAGCAAUCUUAGCGCUAAGACUAUUGUAAGCCUAUGCUAAAGUAUUGGAGUUACAAUCAUCUUAGCGCUAAGAUCGCUUUGUGCAAGUGGGCCCGGAUGUUGUUCAUGACUUAAACUGUCAUAUACAUGUACUACACAAAAGAAGUUAAGGAACACCCAGUUCUUUCACAUUACUAGAGUUAAUCUCUUAUGCAAUAACUAGAGUAACAUGAAAGAAUUGGGUGUUCUUUAACUUCUUUUGUGUAGUAUAUGUGUUAUAUCAAAGGUAAAACCCUGUAAUAGUGAUAGUUUCUGUUAACUUGUAUUACCAUAUGGUUCAAGAUAAAUGUGAUAAUCAAAUCCUGCUACCUGUGAUAAUGAUUUCACAGGCCGUAGAAUAUUGUUGACUUGGAGACACUACUGUUGACAAGAGUACAAACAACCUUCACCUGAUAUCAGGCCCAAAUGCUGUUGUUAAUCUAUCUAUAUAACAUGUGUUAUAUUGCCCAGGUUUAGAAUACCUGUUUCACUAAUGAUUGGCUCACAGUCGUGACAAUUGACAGGCAUUUCAUGUUGUAUUGUGCUUCAUAUGGUCAUAAAGGCAACGGUGAUCCUUUCAUGAAUAAAUAAUAAUAAUAACAAUACAUCUGAAAAACUCUUUUUUAUUCCCCAUUGUGUAAACUAGGUGGUACUUAAUAGCCGUUGCCAAUGUAUGAUGUAAUAGUGUUGUUGAUGUAACUCGGUGUCGCUGUGGUGUUGAUCAGGAGGGUGAUGGUGUACUGGAUGUGUCCUGGGAUUAGUAGACAAAGAAGAUCUCUACCCUGAACAACACCUAAUAUUUUGCAGACAGACUUAAGGUAUUAACUCUAAUAAGUGCUAUGGUAUAAGCAGAUUUAAUGUAAGAAAUCACUUUGCCUCGUGUUAGCCCGGUGUAUACGUAUUCAUUGUCUAUUGGGGACUAUUGCUGGUUGUCCGUGGUAACUAAUAUCCUGACAAUAGUUCCCAGCAUACAAUGGGAUAUAUUGCCACCAGAACUAGAAGUCCUGGGAUGUCCAUUUACAACUGGUUCAAACCUUAUUUGUGGUUCAUUGUAGUUUUGUUGGAAGGCUCCAGGUCUCUAAUAAGCACUGAGUAAGUACGUUUAACAUAGAGAAAGUCAUGUACAAUAAUAAUGGCCCCAACCAAGCACAUUUAUCCUGAGGAGCAGUGAGAUAGCCUAGUGGUUAAAGCGUUUUCUCAGGCCUGAGUUUGAUUCGCCAAUAUUUGGAACUAUGUAUGAAACCCAUUUCUGGUGUCCCCUGCUUUGAUAUUGCUGAAAUAUUGCUAAAAGUGGCGUAAAACCAUACUCACUCACUCACUCACAUUGACCCUGAAAUGAUAAGCAAGCUAGUGGUGGGCGGCUGAUCGCUGAAAUAGUUAACUUCAUUGUGCUUAUUAGAGGAAAUAUGGUACACUUGAAUUUGCAAGGAAGAGGCGGCCUGUUGCACAGAAUGUCUUUAUUACACAAGAUUUAUUUUAAUUUUAGUUUAAUCGACUUUGAGAACAUCACUACUUGAUGCAAGAGAAAGUCAUGAAGCUAUUGUUGACUAUAUAUUAUCACCGCCAAAAGAAACACGAAUACCAUACAUGUUGGUUAAUAUAUGAAGACUUAUUCAUAAUCAAGAGAUAUUAGGUGAACCGAUGCUCAUGAACGCAUCACAGGUGAUGUCAAAGAUCCAUGACUUGAGAUGUACCAUUUGACUCGUGCAGGAUUAGCUUGUACAGUUUGGAAAUGACAUGACGCAUUUUGUUAUCUGAAUAAAAACACUGUGGUAACAUUUGACUGAUUCUUAGUUUUGUUACUAAUUGGUACACAUCCCUUUUCAACGUACAUACUUCUCAAUAUGUUUCUUUGCUUUCCGUUUCUUUUGGUGAUGCUUUCCGUUUCUUUUGGUGAUGAGUAUAUUUGGUGUACUAUGAGUAGGUGUUAGUUAUUCAGAAACAGUGCGUCUUUACUCGCCAAUCAAAUGCCAGUCAAUACUGUUAUGACCAUUGAACAUUUACACCUGGAAUAAUAUCCCGUAUACCUAGGUAAUACAUACAAAUACUAUUAAUAUAAUUAUCCUGUGGAGGGUGACACUGAUGUUAGCGGCUACUUUAUCGUCUGUAUAUAGAAGUUACUUAGUGUGUGCUACAUUGUAACCCUCCACAAUAUUUGUACAUAGAAUAAAUACUAUUUUUGUAAUAGCUGUCAAAGCGUACAUGUUAAACAGGAUUCCAGAGAUGCAAGUGAUGUUUGUCCACAGGUGGUAGAUGUUUAGGAAACAUGUCUUCUGAUGACCUUUUGCAUUAGUUUAGAGCGACUAUGCUUGUCAGAGGUGACUACCGGGAUAGGGUGGUCAAGCUCGCUGACUUGGUUGAUGCAUGUCUUCGUAUCCCAGUUGCGAGGAUCGAUGCUCAUGAUGUCAAUCACUGGAGUGUCUGGUCCAGACUCUAUUAUUUUUACUUAUGAGAAGUUACUUUUAGCUUGGGUAUUAACCAUGGUAUCCAUGUUAGUUUUUGUUAAACUUGAACAAUUUGAAUUCAAAAGCAAAUGCUAUAGUAAUCCCAAGAAUCAAUCAAGACUGUUGAUUGUCUAUAUAUUUCUGUGGGUGUACCGUAAUAGGAAACCACCUAUGUCUGGAUGCAUCUUCCGGACAAUGAAUAAUAAUAAUAAUAAUAAUAAUCGCAUCUUCAUUAUUAUUAUUAUUAUUAUUUUUCUGUUUGCUAUGAUGAGCUACUAAUCUGUUUCCUACUUUAGAUAAGGGCCCCCCCCUGAAGCUAUUGUGGGAUUAUGAUUCAGUGUUAAUGUGAAUUUGACGAUGGCAUGACCCAUCCUUGACUUGUCCUUAGUGGUUUAUGGCCAUUGGCAGUGUUAAUAGAUACAAUACAACACAGCAUGACAUGUGGACAACAAGCUGUUUAGCUUCAGGUGGUGGAAGUGUGAAGGUUUGCAACAAUACGUACAUGAAAUAAACAUAUCUGUGUCAA